GGCUCGCAGUUAGACGAGACAGUCGUUUGAUCAUCACGAACGUUUCAAUAUCACGUACUAUAUUUUUUUCAUUUUCAAGCCGUAAAGAGAACAGUGUUGUGGUUAAAAUUAGAAUGUACAUCGGAGUAAAUACACUUUGUUAAACAAAAGAGUGCUCCUAUUUUAUCCUGGGCGUUAAGAGUGUAAUAACAUAAUGGAAAACGGUAUAAACAAACCGUACAAAAUAUGUGAUGUGAAUCGUGAGAAGAAGAAAGGAAUUGUGGCUUCGUCAUUAGAAGAUUUGUUAUCAAAAGUGCCAGAGAAACUAGGAUUGCCGACAGAGAAUUUAACUGUGGUGCUUGAGUGUGACGGUACAGAAGUGGAUGAUGAGGAAUAUUUUUCAACGCUCGAUCCAGACACAUCCUUAAUGAUUUUACAUGGCACCGAAAAAUGGGCACCAAAUAUGCCGAAAUGCCAAGUUUCACUGGAUCAAACGGACGACGUUACUUUAGGUGAUAAGAGUCAAGUUGCGAAUCUCGUUGGUCGGCUCCAACACAAUUUAUGUCAUAUUUCUUUGCUAGGUGGUCAGGACCUGGAACUAUUGUCAGACAUGGAUCCCGACAGCCUUGCUGAUAUCGUUACAGACAGGGACAACAGAAUAAUUCUAGAACACAUCAAGGAAGCUUCUGGCAGGAUACUCCUAGAGAAGCGUCAAGCUCAAGAUGCCAUGGAAUUAUUAAAGCUGUACCAUCAGAGUGUAGCCAAUGGAACAGAUGACGUCUCUCCGCCAAACCAAGAGCGAGUUUAAACUUUGGCAUAUGUAUUGUAUACCCUUAGCAUAACCCUUAAUUAUUUAUUUUAUGGGAUGGUGUAUCUCAAAAGUUUACAAAGAACUUGCCAUUAUUAUUUACGAAAGUACUUAUUAAAAAAAAUUACAUACUCCAUCUCCAUAGCUGUAACCUAAAUAGUAACACCAAAUAAAGGAGGCCUUGUUUUAAAUGCUAUAUUUACAUAACAUUA